CUCUUUGCUUCUCUUUGAAAUAGUUUUCCUGCUCGCCUUUUGCUUUUUGGAACUUCGAAAUCAGCAAUCAUCUCUUCCUUUUCAGUUUUCACCUCCAUUGCCGCUUCUUCUCACUCACUCUCACUCAUCUCCAUGAUAAAGAUUGCUCCUUUGUUGUCUUUGGUUCCAUUUCUUCAGCCAUUUCCAAUGUGUUUCUAGUUUUACAUUGUAUUUGAAGUUUAAUGUUGUGGUUUGUGCCAAAGAUGAGACCUUUGUGUCUUGUUUGAGAUCUUGUUGCUUUGUUCUGUUGUGAGUUUUUUGCUGCAUUUUGUUGGGAUUGAAUGAGUGGUGGUGAGAUGGAGAAGUAUGAGGUGCUGGAGCAGAUUGGGAAAGGGGCUUUUGGGUCUGCGUUGCUGGUGAAGCACAAGGAGGAGAAGAAGAGGUAUGUUUUGAAGAAGAUCCGACUUGCUCGUCAGACUGAUCGCUGCCGCCGGUCUGCCCACCAGGAGAUGGAGCUUAUUUCUAAAGUUCGGCAUCCAUUCAUUGUAGAAUACAAGGAUUCAUGGGUAGAGAAGGGCUGCUAUGUUUGCAUUAUCAUAGGCUAUUGUGAGGGAGGGGACAUGGCUGAAGCUAUAAAGAAAGCCAACGGAACUCUGUUCACUGAAGAGAAGCUUUGCAAAUGGCUUGUUCAACUUCUGAUGGCGCUGGAUUACUUGCAUAGCAAUUAUAUUCUCCAUCGUGAUGUCAAGUGUUCAAACAUAUUUCUGAUGAAAGAUCAUAAAAUACGCCUUGGUGACUUUGGGCUUGCAAAAAUCUUAACAUCUGACGAUCUGGCAUCAUCAGUUGUGGGCACUCCGAGUUACAUGUGCCCUGAACUUCUUGCUGAUAUACCAUAUGGUUCGAAGUCUGAUAUUUGGUCUUUAGGAUGUUGUAUAUAUGAAAUGACUGCCCUCAAGCCUGCAUUUAAAGCUUUUGAUAUGCAAGCACUUAUAAACAAAAUUAACAAGUCUAUAGUGGCUCCUCUUCCUAGUUCAUAUUCGGGUGCAUUCCGAGGACUCAUCAAAAGUAUGCUGCGGAAAAGCCCAGAACAUCGUCCAAGCGCCGCAGAACUUCUCAAACAUCCUCACCUGCAGCCUUAUGUUUUCCAAAUCAACCUAAAAGCUAGUGCACCUCGUAAAUUAUUUCCCAUCAAGCAACCUGCUAGCAAUGCUGUAAAGAUGAUCAGGUUUCCUGAUGAUGAAGAAGAUUCGUUGUGCAAGGACAAAGAAAGAUAUAAAACUUUCAGUAAUGAGAGAACCCUCAAACUGACUCAGCCAGCAAGUCAGCAGGAUUCUUUUUGUUCAACUCAGAGCAUAAAACAUUAUCCUGAUUAUAUACAUCGAAAGAUCAAAGAUUUGUCAUUGGGCAGCAGUCAAGUUGGAGAAUAUGGUUCUGAGAUGACAAUCAGUGAAAAGACCAUAAGUAAUGCAAAGGCAUCUGGAUACACUCCUUCAAAAACCAUUGCCACUCCUGGAAGGAAAUUGGAUCAAUCAAGAACUACGUAUACUAGGACAACCUAUGAUAUGCGCCAACACUCUAGAACUCCUGCAGACAGAAAUGCGCAGCCAACAAGAAGAGCAUCUCUACCUUUGCCUACAUUUAAAACUCCCCUCAGAAAGAAUCAUAGUGUUCUCGACGGAAUGGGUUCCCCUGAUGUGUCAGUGAAUGCUCCUCUCAUCGAUAGAAUAGCCGAGUUCCCUCUAGCCUCAUACGAAGACCCUCUUUUUUCCAUCCACAAAAUCUCAUCCCCUCAAACCUUCACGUCAACCCCGCCGCAUUGCGGUGACCGCUCACUCACCAAGGACAAAUGCACAAUCCAGAUAUUCCGCACCGAGGGGGACAACGGUAGUGACUCCUCAGGCAAAAACUCAAAGGCAGUGGAUGCUUCAAGCCGAGGAUCAUCAGAAUCUCGCCAACGCAGGUUUGACACUUCAUCGUACCAGCAGAGGGCAGAAGCAUUGGAGGGGUUGCUUGAGUUCAGUGCACAGCUACUGCAACAAGAGAGAUUCGAAGAGUUGGGAGUUCUACUGAAACCAUUCGGUCCUGAGAAGGUCUCUCCUAGGGAGACGGCCAUAUGGUUGACGAAGAGCUUCAAAGAGACAGCACUAUAGCUCCCGAGGAGUAUGUACUUAACUCCUUAGUUAACUAGUGAUCACAAAUCUCUUGUGCUCUAGUUUUGUCAUGUAAAAUAGAUUGAAAUGCUGAACUCCAGCAUGUGAAUGUUCUCAAGUCUCUUGCAGCUUGAACAUCCAUGUAAAUUUUAGCUAUUUCAAGUCAUUUAAUUUCAA